GUAACACGUGGAGUGCGCGUCGCCGGUUCCCGUCGCCAUGUAUGUUGUGUAAAUAGAAGCAUUCUAUCAGUUCUCAGUUCUUCUCAAAGGUGAUUGGGGAUGUCUGAUCCCUAGAAGGCAGCUAUGAAAGGUCUCGGCAUGCUGAUAGCGCCGCUGUUCAUCGUUGUCCCGUUGGUGGCCACUCAUCCGGCGACUCCCGGUCCGAGAGAGAAGGUCGUGCAUGUAUCUGGUACCGCGAAGCUGAAUUGUCCCCGCGGCUGGGAGGCGAGGAAGAGCAUGCUGCUCGUGGAGCUCCGCUGGUACCGGAACGAUCAGCUGUUCAUGACGAAGCGAACCAGAAGUGACGUGGCCGACUUCACGACCCGUGACCCGAGGACCUCUCUCCAGAGAAACAGGCUGGCGAUCCGGAACUCACGUUCGUCGGACGCCGGCAACUACGGCUGCCACGUGAUCUGGUCGUUGCCGGAGCGGUGGCAGAACUACAGCCUCCAGAUCACCAGAGCCGACUAUGACGACGGCUACAGAGACGACUAUGGCGACGAGCCGGCCGAGCGGGACAGCGGCAGCGUGGAGGAGGUCACGGACCUCUGCGCUGCCGUCGAGCCCGGUGCCACGCCUGGGACAAACGGCUCAUUGGUGCCACGCGCGCCCCAUUUCGACGAGACAGCCCGGCUGCGUUGCCCGCCGCCACGCGUCCACUGGCUGUACCAGGGCCGGCCGGUGCUGGAGGCGCCGCACGUAGCCGACGUCGCCACGUUCGGUGGCGGCUGGCUCCGCCUGGCCAUGGCCGGCCAUUUCCAGGAGGGCAGCUACACCUGCGUGGCCGAGAACGCACUGGGGAGCGUGCGCCACACCUGGGAGCUCGUGACUACCACGGACGGUCUGUACAAGGACCCGGUGAUCGAGCCGGGGUACCCGCGUAACGUGACGUCGCUGGCCGGCUCCAACGUGACGUUCGAGUGCCCCAGCUCCAGGGACUUCGACAUGGACCUCUUCUGGGUGUUCACGCGCUCGGGCCCCUUUGAGGUGCACAAUAUGUCCGACAUGAGCUACGCCAUCCAGUUCGCCAUCAGCGUUCACAAGCAACGCUACGACAUCAGCGACCGGCAGCGGCUAGUGGUGCGGGGCGUCAGCGGCGACGACAGCGGCUUCUACACCUGCCUCUUGUAUGGCUUCGACAUGGCGAACGCCCACCUGCGCGUGGUGGAAGAGGUGCCGCGGGCAACGCUGCCCAUGCGGCCUGCCAACGCCAGCGCGCUGCUUGGCUCGCGCGUGACGCUGGAGUGUCCAGCUGCGGCCGCCGCCACCAGCGGCGAAGUCAUCUGGCUGCGCUCCGAGACUGGCGCGGUUGACGGCAGUCGCUUCAACACGUCCUCGCCGCCCCGUCUGAUCAUCACGAACGUGACGGCCAACGACUCGGGGUACUACGUCUGCGUCGUCCACACUGCCUGGGACGUCUCAUACGCCUCGGCCUAUGUCGCAGUGGUGGAAGCACUCGCGAAUGUGCUGCGAUAA